AUGUCCGACGCCGAAGAGCGUGCCGAACGGCCUGCUGAGCCCUCCCCCAACGCUGCCUGUGACCAAUGCAGGGCCAGGAAAGUGCGGUGCGAUCGACGACGACCCGAGUGCUCCAACUGCAGCAAAUCUGGCGUGUGCUGCGGCUUUACAAACCAGUUGAAACGGGUCAACCACAUCAAGCAGCUCCUCAACGAUUUCUCCUCUGUCACGUCACGCCUGGAAUCCAUCGAAAAUGCCAUCGGAAAUCUCUCGCACCAGCUGGUGACCAUCAGCCAGCCCGACUCGAGCUCGCGCUCGUCGAGAAGCGGCUCCCGCUCCUCGUCGGCCUCGGGCAGAGAGACGCUGCGGAACUUCCUCGAGGAGUGCCAGAUGGAGGAAGCCGACUGCAUCGGCGAUGAUCCUGCAGAGUUCGUCCAUCAGGGAAACACCUGCUGCGGGUGCGAGCAGUUUUUUGGGGAAACUUCAGCCCAUUCCCAGUUCAAAUCCGCCAGGGAUCGCGUGGAACAGCUGCUGCGGGCCGACAACCAAGAUGGCGGGACAUCUCUGCUGCGAUUUGUCAGCGAGCGCCCUUCCUUGCCGCCCGAUCUCCAAUGCGCGUACGAAGUCUUUCCCGCCGUGGAAGAAUGCCACCGGCCCUUCUCCACCAUGAUUGCCAUGAACGGAACGAACGGCAGGCCGAUCGCCCUUCCCCCCAAAAACUUCCUUCUCUCAGCCCUCGACAUCUUCCUGGCAGAGAUCAACACUUACAACCCGAUUUUCGAAGAGUCCAGCCUACGAGAGGCCGUCGAACUGAGAUACUCGAUGACCCCCCUGGACCCAGAUCCCGAUCGCGAAGCCUGGAGCCUUUCUUUCAACAAUAUAAUCCUUUUGGCAAUGUGCCACAGUGCGCGACUCACUCACAACGCCUUCGGCGAUUUCCAGGGCAUCGAGCAUGACUUGUUCCAGUCAUUCCUCAGAAACACCUGCAGGGCCUUCCACAGCCUCGAGCGUCUCUCCAGCCCCCGAUUCGUCAAUAUCCAGGCCCUCGCCACAUUCGCUCUGGUCGGCCGGGAAUGCUUUGAAGGUUGCUUUUUCUCCCUGAUGCUGCCCAGGGCGUUUCAAAUCCUCCGGUCCACGGGGCUGCACAGAGCCCAGGCCCACAAAACCAUCGUCGGAGCGUCUUGCGAGGAGCGAAGGAUGCUGUACUGGACGCUUUACCGGCUGGAUAAGCAACGCUGCUUCCUCAAGGGGCAGCCCUGUGACCUCUACAGCUUCGAUACCGACAUACCCAUGGCAGACUCCGAAACAGACACCCCGCAAUCCCGCUACCUGUUUGCCAUGAACAGCCUCAUGGUAGUCUGGGAAAAGAUCUACCUGCUCCUGUAUUCUCCUCGGGUCAAGAAACGAAGGCGGCGGGACGCCGAUCAGCAGGUAUGCGAACUGCGGUCGGCGCUCAAGGGUUGGUGCCGGCGGCACGGCGACUUGUUGGAGAAGCCAGAGUCCGACGGGUCUUACAUCUUCUUGCGGGCGGAGCUCAGCUUCUGCUUCGCCAUGAGCUCGCUCCUGAUCCACCGAUGCAUCGAUUCCGUCGCAAGCCGGCAGAAGUGUCUGGAAUCGGCACAGACCGCUCUGAGAGUCAUCGCGAAUAUCCACAAAGCGCAACCCAGAUCCGGUAGCAUUGCUUUUCUGGCGAGAAUUUUCCAACAAUACCCCGCCUUGCCAUUCCUCGAAGUCUACCACCACAUCCUCUACGACCCGACGCCGGAGCGGCUGUCGCUCGUAAGCCUCCUCUCCGCAGCCGUGCAGGCGGUCGGGGAUCUCGUGAACCCAAACUUCCCCCGCGUCUUCUGCGCAUCCCUCUACGCCCGCAUGGCCUGGUGCGUCGACUUGCUCGAGAUGUUCAGGUCAUCCGCCUGCAGUCCGUCCCAUGCGUCGCGAAAAGGAUCUGUGGAGAGUUCUACCCUCCCUUCGCGGAAUGGAUCCGUCGGCGACUUGGACGGUUUCAACGAGCUCGCGCUCAACGCCGCGUCAGACAGCGCCUUCUUCGGGGCCGAUGACAUGAUGGGCAAGGCCCAGACAGCAGAUCAGGGUCACGGUUUUGAUGACAUUUUUAAUCCCGAGGGCCUCACUAUGGGCUCGGACUUCCCAGAUGGCCAGGUCGCAGUAGGUGUGGACAUGGCCAAGGGCGCCGAUCUCUUUAGGUUAAGUAUGGAUGUCGAUGACUCUCUUUGGAGUAUGAGCAUAUAG